AUUAUUACGAUUUUUAUGGAUCAACAAAUUAAAAAAGUAUUUCACACAGCUUUAGUGUUAGUACCACCAAAAAAUUGCAUUGAUUAAAUAUAACUCUUAAGAAAACAACAUGAUAAAGCUUAUGAAAGAUGGAUGCCUCAUGUUAAUUUAUGUUUUCCUUUUGUUGAUCCUGCUUAAUUUGAUUAAGUAUUUUAGAAUCUUUAAAAUCAUUUGAGUAAGAAAUGAAUACAUAAAAUAGAAAAUUUUCCUGCUUUUUAAGUUAGAUUACGAGAAUUUAAUCACUUUCAACAUGGAAAAAAUUGUGUUAUGUGGUUAAAACCAGAAGCUGAAAAUGAUGGAAUCUAAUUAUUAUAUCAAGAAAUAUUAAAAGUCUAUCCUUAAUUAGAUGAUUUAAAUAAGAAAUCAGAAAAUGGUUUCUAACCUCAUGUAACAGUUGGAUAGUUUGGAACAAAUUAAAUUGAAUAAAGAAAAAAAGGAUUUUAACCAUAAUUUUAGGAAGUCCAAUUUCAAUGCUAGGAAAUACAUAUGAUUAGUAGAAAUGGAUAAGAUGAUCCUUUUAAGAUAAUUCAUACAAUUAAGUAUGAUUUUGUUAUUAUUACUAGAUUUAAGACAGAUAACCCAUAAGCAUAUGAAUAUCCAGGUUAAAAAUGA